AUGUGCACGCGCGCCGAGACCACUGGCUGUGCAUCGCUCACGACAGCAACCAACGCGGCGUGGGGCAACGGGCCACUAGGGGGCUUUGGCUUCAGCGACCCUUUCAACAAUGGAACCUACGUGCCAUUCUCUCAGCCAGCGCUGUUCCAGUUCAACGGCUUGAACGACUGCCAAACCUUUGCCACCUGCCUGUCAACCGAGACGCUGACUGUGGCAGCCGGCCAGAGCAUCGACGUCUACUUUGCCAGUGACGUCAGCUGGAGCAGCAGCGACGUGACAUCCCUGCUGGAGCUGGUGGUUCAGGAGCCGGCUGACAUCAGCAACACCCUCAACAUAAAGCCCAUCGCUCUGUUCGCCUCCCGCAGUGCUGAGGCGAUUGACUAUGCUGUCUUCAACGGCACCCAGAAAGUGGCCAUCAACGCGCUCUUCAGGCUCACGCUCACAGGGCCGUCAACAUUCAAGGCCGCGCCAGUGCUGAGCCCCGUGGUUAGCGGUCUACCAACCACGAGUGUCAAGGCAUACCCCUCGGUUGUCAAUCUGGCGGCCAACACCACCACCGUUAUGGUUGGUGCUGCAACAUUUGUAUGGACGUUGACGUGCAACGGCAACAUCACCAGAACCUUCUCCACCCAGACUGUCGCAGUCACCGUUGGGGCUGGACAGAUGAUUGACCCGGGGAGCCCCUAUGGUAACAAGGCCUGCAACGUCAGCGUGCAGAUCUCAACCCCCGUCCAGGGCUCUGCCCUCUCCCCCUCAUACGCCCUGACCUUGCUGUUUGCAGUGGUCUGCCCCAAUGGCCGCAACGUCAACAAGACCAGCUCCACCAUUGCCUCGCCAGUCAGCAUCACCGCCGGCAGGGGCCAGGAGAUCGACCCUUUCGCCGUCCCGCUGAUCACAUCCGCCACCUUGUGCAGUGUGACUCUGAUCGUGACGGAUUCGCAGGGUUUGACCGACACCAAGAGCUCCACCCUGACCGGGGCGGUGACGUGCCCGCCCGGGUCGUUCCCUCCUGUGGCCAACCAGUCAGGCACCUCGUUCAACUUUGGGGUCGGCAGCGGCCUACAGGUGGACCCCUUCUCCCCCACGUACGGCUCGCUGCCCUGCUCCGUGGCUGUGACGGUGUGCGUACCCCUGCAGGGCUGCACCACUACCGCCAGCAACGUCACAGUCCUGCCAACUCCCACUGCGACUUUGGCGGGUGCGCCCUUCACUGCCAAGAUGCCCUAUCCAAGUGUUGUCAAUCUGGAAGCUACUGACACUAAGUGCAACGCGCCGCCCUGCACCUAUGAGUGGAUUACCACCCUACCGGAUGGCAGCAACGUCACCCGGACUGGCGCCAAGGUUCCCUUGGGCAUUGGCAAGGGCGAGGCAGUGGAUCCAUACAAAGCCCCCUUCACAUCUUCUGACGCCAACCUCACCGUCACGCUGAAAGUCACUGACUCGUCAGUGCCGCCCCAAGUCUUGACAGCCGCCACAAAGCUUUUGGUGCCAUCCCCGCUGUCUGGGCCAAACGCGUUUAGUGGGCUGCCCCCAACUGGCUCUGCUGUGGGCGGACCGUACCCGCUGCCGGUCAAUUUGGCGGUCAACACCUCCGGCAUCCCUCAAGGAGCCACCUACUCCUGGACGCUCAAGUGCCCGCCAGGCGCGGCAGUGCCCACCGCCACCAGCAGCUCCGCCAACUUCAGCUUCGUCGUCGGCAGCGGCAAGGGCAACAAGGAGUGCGAGUUAGCCGUCACAGUCACUGCCCCCGGCAACCAGACCAUGUCGGCCAGCAGUAAUGUCACGUACUUGGCCCCUCCUGGUCCCUCAAGCAUCGCCGGUGGGCCAUUCCAGAUUGGCCCCGAUUACCCCGCUCAGACCACCUUGGACGCUGGUAAUGCAUCGUGUGCCAGCCCGCCAUGCACAUACCAGUGGGCUAUUGACUGCGCGGAUGGUCGCAGCGCCAAGCUGAACGGCAACAAAGUCCCUGUGCUCAUCGCCGAUAGCCCUUCAGCUACCAUCAACCCUUUCAAGCCUACACGCGUGGAGGAGGUCACUGAGUGCAAUGUUACGCUGACUGUCACUGACUCAUCCAAGCCUCCCCAGACCACGAAGACUUCAACUACCCUUACGCUGUACCCCUCGGGCCCGACCGUCACCCUCAUCAACGCGCCCUACGCCGCGGUUGCCGGCGAGACUGGGGCCCUGCUGGCUCAGUCCAAGGUUUUGCAGGGUCUUGUGGUCAAUGCCAGCACUGGCGCCAACUUGGACGCCAACGGCACCAAUCUCAUCAACACCAACGGGUUGACGGCGGCGCUUGUGUGCUCUGUGCGGCUGCGGGCUGCAGACUCCAAGAAUGUCACCGCAAGCGCCAGGACUACCCUCACGGUGUACCCCUUCUCGGCCUCAAACAUCACCUCAUGCGGUGGGACCCCAAUUGCCAUCAAGGGCAUCAACAACGGGGAGGUCAUUCGCAUGCGCCCCGCUUCGGUGGCCGUCAUAAAGGCGCAGAGCAACAGCGCCAACUGCGCCGCCAAGAGGGCCCUCCGACGCGGCAAGAAGCAGAAGAUCCAGGCCUCAGUGACCAUCCCGGCUUUUGCAGACGCCACUGGCCGGAUGGUGUUUCCCACAAUCACGGGUAUCAUGGUCAAUCAGGCUGAGAACGCGUGCGUGUGCCGCAAGACCCGAACGAACAACUGCACUUGCAUCCCAGACGGCAUCAUCGCAAACGCCGGCCAGACCGCGCUCCUCAUGCCGGGCGUCUCACCGUCCCCAAACACCGCCGCGGGGCGCGUGAGCGGGCGCCAGUACCUGCUGCGCUUCACGGGGCUUGUGAGGGAGACUGGCGCGAAAUGCGAGGGCUUCGCGCCAGUCUGCAUCUUCAAGGCCAAGCGCGUGAAGAAGGGCGUGACGCCUCCAACGUGCCAGCCAUUCGGGUCGUCAGCAACCGUCAGGGACGCAACCUUGUGCAACAACGUCACUACCACGGCUUUUGCUGCACUGGACGCAGCAGACGCUGACGGCGCAGAGGUUGAGAUGCUGCUGCCAGAGACCGAGGACCUCGGGGUCUGA